AUGGCGAACAAAGCAUUUCCAUUAGCAGAUGCUGGUGGCCAAGUUGAAUCUCUUCAACCUUCAUGUGGCUACUUGGCUAAGAUUCCCUUUGAUGACUCCCGUUCGUCGCAUGCCGAGCAGCCAGAAGAUCCAACUUAUGCAAAUAUCACAGAAUUGGUGACGGAUGGGUUUCGUGUUAAGUUUCCUAGUGAUGUUUACUGCUGGCAAACUCAUGUUUCUCACCCAUAUACCUGGAAACUGAGAAAAUGCUUAAAUGAUACAAAAAGUCAUAUUGUACGCUAUUGGUGUCACCAAACUACUUAUUGGCUUGUGUUCCUGCCGCUGGCAGCAUACACAUUUCUUGCCCACAAGUACUGGAAAACGAGGAUAGCAGUUGACGCAGUCGAGAAGUUUCUCCGGAUGCAACAAAUGCUUGGUCCAACUAGGUUUGCCUACACAGACAUCACAGCAAUCACGAGCCAUUUUAGAGACAAGCUUGGCCAGGGAGGGUAUGGCUCCGUCUACAAGGGUGUGCUCCUCCCAGGAGAUGUCCAUCUUGCAGUGAAGAUGCUGAGCACCUCCAACUGCAAUGGGGACGAUUUCAUCAGUGAAGUCUCGACAAUUGGUAGGAUCCAUCACAUCAAUGUGGUUCGUCUGGUGGGCUUUUGUGCAGAAGACAUGAGGAGGGCACUGGUGUAUGAAUACAUGCCCCAUGGCUCAUUGGAUAAGUACAUAUUCUCAUCUGAGAGAAGUUUUUCAUGGGACAAGCUUAAUGAGAUUGCUUUGGGCAUUGCAAGAGGCAUCAAUUACUUGCAUCGGGGUUGUGAUAUGCAGAUCCUUCACUUUGACAUCAAGCCACACAACAUCCUUCUCGAUAUCAAUUUUGUCCCCAAAGUUGCUGACUUUGGCCUUGCCAAGUUGUACCCAAGGGACAAGAGUUUUGUGCCAGUUAGCGCCUCUCGGGGAACUAUUGGGUACAUAGCCCCUGAAAUGUAUUGUCGGGGUUUUGGUGCCAUAUCAAGCAAAUCUGAUGUCUACAGCUUUGGUAUGCUGUUGCUGGAGAUGGCAGGAGGGCGAAGGAAUUUUCACCAAAAUGCAGCGUCAAGUCAGGCAUACUACCCAUCAUGGGUGUAUAGUCAGCUAGCUAAACAUGAAACGGGUGAGACAUCUUCUGCUUCUAUUUCUCACAUGCAUGAGUUGGAGAGGAAGCUGUGCAUUAUUGGGCUACGGUGCAUUCAAUUGAACCCGCAAGAUCGUCCGACCAUGAAUGAGGUCAUAGAGAUGCUCGAAUCUGGCGCUGAUGUCCUACAAAUGCCAUCGACUAGACCGUUCUUUUGUGGUGAGGACGACACUGAUGACCACAUUGCUGUCGAAGGUUCAUGCCAUUCUUCUUCCGUGUUGACUGCAAUCUCGGAGGAAGAUGAGUGAGACAUUCUACUCCCUCCAUAAUUAUUUUUUAUUUUAGCUUUUCUAGAUGCAUAGUUUUUAUUAUGCAUCUAGAUAUAUAGCAUAGCAAGAUUUAUGUAUCUGGAAACGCCAAAAAAGUUAAUAAUUUGGAACGGAGGAAGUAGUAUAUGUAUUUAUUCAGGUAAUAAAGAUAAGGUGGAACAAGAGCUUGCGAGGUGGCCAGUGCGUAUGUGAAGUUCCUUGAGUCCUAAUAAUCAUUUUCAUGAAAUAUGUUAAUGGUUUAGUGAUAAUCUAAUAUAGGUUCCCUGGGUCCAGGUUCCUGCUUCUUGUAAACGUUAUAUGAGCACAUGUAUAGCUUAAGAUGGAGAACGAUGACUGUUGUAUUCAUGCUCAAAUGGAAGGUACUUGCUAGAAGCAAGAUAUGUAUUUGUGGGACA